UGUAGCAUGUGAUGUUUCGUGAAAAGUGUUAAUUUUUUAGGAAAAAAUAAAGAAUUAGUGGAUAGUGCUGUGAUUAAAAGUGCUAAAAAGAUUCUUAAGUGUGCUACUGACGGUGUUUUAUGUGCAUACUACGGCAAAUUACCCAUAAAAAUAUUACAUGGAUAAAGCCGUCACUUGAGGUUGUUAAGAUAUGGAGUCACAUAUUUUGAAUAUGUAUCAUCAAGCUCGUUAUAGAACUAUUGGUCAUAAAAUAAUGCGUUCAAUGAGCGAAUCCCUGUCAUCUGAGGGUAGUUGUAACCAAAAUAGCCCGGAGUAUUCACAGGAGCAAGCGUCAAGCCAAUAUGAAGAGGAGAGCAAUGAGGGUGAAUAUUGGGACCCCCAAGAUAACAAUUUGUGGAGUCAAAAUCAAAAGAUAAACAUAACACAAAGUCAAGAUUCAAGUAUAGACGAAGAUGAAAACAUAGAUGUACAGGAAAUAUCUAUUGAUGAAAAGACUCAAGACUCUUCAGAUCAUGAGGUGGAAGCUGACUCUAUGGAGGAUAACUCACUAGUAGAGGGUGCAGACUAUGACGUCAUUCAAGUGUUUGCUGUUGAUCCUGACUUAGAUCUGGAAUGUUCCUCAGAAGAGGAAGAUCAAGAGGAACAAUACGAAAAUUCAAACGAUGAUACCAUAGAUGAUGGAGAAUAUUUAAAUGUAGAAGACAAACCAAACUAUCCCGAACCAGAUAAUCGUUACCGAUACCGUCAGAACUCAGAGGGCAGUAUAUGUCAAGACAAUCUAGGUAUAAAUUUAGAUACGCCAGUAGUUUCAAAUGUCGAUGAAUAUUUUAUAAAAGAAAAUAAAGAGAAGGAUAUACUGGAAGUCAAAGAUGAACCUGUUGUACAAGAUGUUGAUGAGUAUUUCAUUAAAAAUGUCAAGGAACCCACGAUACCAGCUAUAGUGGAAGAUUUGUUAAUACCUACGAAAUUACCAAACGAUCCUGAUUUUCGGAUAGCAAAAGUGAAUCCUAAUGAAGAGGAAUUCUUUGCAGAUACAAGUGAAAAUAAAGUUGUGGAGGAGGAGAUAGUUCCCGCAAUUAUUGAAUCUGUAAAAGAUAUUCCAGUUGGUACAGAGCCAUUGGAACCAGAAGUCCCUCUUAAUGAGGCUGAUCUUGAAGUACUGCCCAAUAUUGAGGACUUGAAGAGAUAUUUAUUAGAAGACAUACCUUAUAAUAAAUUAAAAAGUGUACAAAGAUCAUGCUCUGUACCACACUCGCCAAUGCACAACAUCUGCCUAGAUAUAGAUGCUAAAACUUGCUUAAGUUUUGAGGAUUUGAAUCUUGAUUUGUCAGACUUGUCCUUUGAGAAUGAUAAGGAUAAAUCACAUAAUAGUUCAAAGAGUGAUGAUAUACCUAGAGCACUGACAGAGGAAGAUGUUAAUAGUUUCCUUAUUACGCCAAACAGUGCAACAACAACAUCAACUGCUAAUGCUGUUAAAGAGGAAGACGAUCUGUGUCCUCAAGACAUGGAAAUAGAUAAGCCCAUUGAAUCAAUAAUAAGUAGUAUUGAACAAUCACCUAUUUUAAAACCAGCAAUACCACCGAAAGCUAUUACGACGAAACCCCCGCGAGUACUCGACUUUUGUAUCGAAAAGACGAGUGUCAAAAAGGAAAAUGACGUUAAAACUGAAGACGAUUUUGUCGACAUAGAAUCGUGCAAUGAAACCGUCAUACCUGUUCUGGAGGCGAAUAAUUUAAAUUCGCUACUUGAACAGUUUGAAGCAACUGAGAAGUUGAAUACUAAGACCAAGACACCAGUUGUAAAUGUGAAUGAACCAAAAGUUAAAGUUCCCAGCAGUUUGACAAAUGGCAUGCGCUUACAGGACGCGGGAGUUCAAUUGAACAAAAAUAAGAUGAGACAAAUUUUGAUGCCGUCGACUAUUAAUUCAACAAUUAGACGAUCUCCAAGUCCUGUGCAUUCUGACCAUGACUAUUGCUCCACGAAAAAAAGGCACAGUCUGCCGAAUAUAAAGGGAGGUCGGAGUUUGUUAAAACCUGAAGUUCUAUCAAGUAAUAAUAGGAUACUGAGCUCAAGGCACAGAUCCUGUAAAAAUAAGAAAAUAAUCUACAACCAGAGUAGUGAUGAGGAAGGUGAAAAGCGCAAUGACAUUAAGAAAAAUAAACUUGUGAACGUGAGUCGUACUAGUGACGAUGAUAGUGACAUUAAAAAGAAGACUAGUGCUAAACAGACAAUCAAACCAAAUCCAAACAUAAACUAUCGUAAAAAAGUAUCCCCAGUACAUUUUGGUUCGAAUGAUAGUGUCGAUAAUAAAAGUAACGGUUCUGUGAUGGUGAAAAGUGCUUCUAAAGCAAGUGAUACUGCAAGUAGUCAAAAUUCUAAUGGUAGCAUUAAGUUAACUAUUAAAAAUAAGUCUGAAGUUAUAAUUAAAAACUGUGAUUCUAAGGACAAUCAUAAAAUAAAAAUUAUAGAAAAGCAUAAAUCUAGUAGUGUUAAUGAAAAACCAGUUGUAAAUAAUGUUGAAAAUGUGGUUACCACAAAGAAAUUGGUGGAGCAACCAAAACAUAUUGUGGAACCCGAACCAGUCAUUGACAAAGUUAAGGAAGAAGAAUCCAAGCCAGAGGAUUUCUAUGCUGCUUUAUUCACGGAUAAAAAAGACAUGCAAAUGCCGCAAAAUAUUCCAGUGAAGUCUGAGAAACGAAGUCACGAUGAUGAUAGUAAAAUAUCACUUACGGAGCCCUUGAGUGUUGUUGUUGAAACUGAGCAGCCACAAAAGAAGAAAAAACUAAAUCUCCAAGAGUAUAAGUUACGUCGUGGGGCAAGCUCAAACAAUAAUUCGGCUCAAGUAAGUCCAGAAGCGAUAUUCCCUGAAAUGCCUUGCAACAUCAAUUUGGAUAAAGUUACAAAAGCUGUAAUUAGUCAAAAAUCUAAUAGUGAUGAAGCUAACUCUAAGGGUACUGAGAAUUCUGAAGGUCCAAAGAAAAUUUUCGAUCCUAUAAGAGAAGCUUCAAGGAAAAUUCUGAUGAACACCAAAAAACAAAAGGCUGAAGCUAUGCGGAAGAGAGAUGAGGAUAUAGUUAUGAGUAAAAUACCGAAAGUUGAGAAUCUCGAACUACAACCUCUGAUCAGUGAUGCUGAAAUGUUGAAAAUUGUUGGCAUGUCUACAGAGCCCAUAAUACCGAUACCGAUAGCAAAUGAAAUAAUUCAAACUCCAUCAAAAGAUUAUGAUGAAAUUAUUUUAGUCAGUGUUGGUACUAACACAGAUGAAAAUAUGUUUAAACAAACGGAAAUCAUACACGAAAUUAAACCACCAAAAACACAUUCUCCUCCAAAGGAGAGUAAGGCGACGAUUAACUUCAAAAUACGAAAAUCCGAUACAGUACUCAAACAUAACGUUUUCGACCCUAUCAAAGAUGAUAGAAAUACAGCUGAAGACAAAAUUGCAGAUAUCAAAAUAGACGAAGAAAGAUUCAAAGACAUCACGGCUACUUUAAAAAGCGUUGGAAAACAAGUCGAUACGAAAAUAUCGAGCAAUUCGCUUUUCGCUAGCAUUCAAGAUGUCGUGAUGAAAAAAGCUCCUACAGUCGUACAAAAUAGUACUACCGUGGAACAAAAACAUAAGCCUAAAUCACCAGUCCAUAAACAAGAAUUCAAAUUUGCCAAACCGACCAUUGUACGCGAUUACGACGAAAAAGCUGAACACGGCGAGGAUAAAGUUAUUUUACAUUUGGAAAAGAAUAGAAAGAGGCCAGAAUCAGCAGCUAUUAAUAUUCAAACAGAUUCUACAGUCGAGUUCACUCCACUGACAGUUGAAGUUGUCGAUAAACAAGAGGAUAUAGAGCAAUCAAUAUCGCCGCGUAAGAGAAACGACAGUGACAUGUCAAUGUCGAGCGAUGGAAGCCCAGUGAGAAAGCAAGUCGCGGUGAAACCAGAAGAAACUGUGAAGCACAAAGCUGAGGCGAAACGCGAGAAAUCACCGAUCAAAGAGACGCGUUCCCGGUCGAAAGAUAGACACGAAGUUAAAUACAGACGGUCUAGGUCGCAUUCACGCGGCCACAGACGGAAACGUUCUAGAAGUCGCACCAGAUCAAGAUCUCGCACAAGGUUCAGGCGCUACAGACGGUCUGACUCGCCGUACCGAAGAAAAAGACGGUCUAGGUCACCAUACAGAUCCAGGCGGUCUCCUUCCAUCCGCCGAGAUUACCGUUCUAACCGCUCUCGCUCAAGAUCUAGGUAUGCUGAAACUAAAUCUAAAAGCCCAAUUAAAAAGAAGCCUAGUCCGCAAAAAUUUGCCGAAAAGAAAAUGACGAAAUCGUUAACGCCGCCGAUAAGAAAACCGACAGUGUCGGAAAGCUCUGACACGUCCACUUCUUCAAGUUCGUCUUCAGGCUCAAGUUCGAGCGCGUCGUCAUCUAAGUCUCGAAGAUCAUCAAGCACUUUCAGAAGAAAUGAUUCCAGGAAGAAGACCUAUAGGAAAUCGUUCAGCUCUGAAGAUAGAGAGAGCAACACUCCAGUGGAAGAGAGACGGAUAGUGUUUGUGGGAAGGUUAGAGCAGGACAUAACGAAGUCGUCGUUGCGGAGUCAAUUCUCCAAAUUCGGCCCGGUCACUGAAAUCAGGCUUCAUAGUAAGGAGGAUGGUUCGCGCUACGGUUUCGUCACAUACCAGCGGCCGCGCGACGCGUGGUCCGCGGUGGAGGCGGCGGCCACGUUCCCGCAGUACGACGUCGGCUUUGGCGGCCGCCGGGCGUUUUGCCGGCAGAGCUAUGCGGAUUUGGAUGGUCUCGAAGCGAAAUACACGGAGAGCGCUUUCCACGGUCAAGCCGCCAUACCCCCCCCACGACGCAACGACGACAUGUCGUUCGAGCAAAUGUUGCUGGAUAUCAAAAAGAAACUCAACAAGCGCAAAGGCGACAAACGCGCGGAGGACAGCGCUUGACGAUCGCUGCCUUACGUUCUGAAAUCGGCCGCGAACGCCCUGUAUUCGCUCGUGAUGAUGACGUUUUGAACUGUCAAAUUUGACAGCUCGCGCGGAACGUUGAGUCCGAAGUUUUUUUUUUCGGUUAAGGCGAUGAGCGGUUUGCCAGUGUCAAAGUUAAAAAAAUCUAAAUUCGAAUUGUUCGUUCGCGCCUUUUUCUUGUUGUUGGCGCGUUGAUCUGACAGUUGGCUGUUGAUAUAGUGACGUCAGUGAUAUGUGAAGUGUCAAUUUUGACAUAUCAAAUACCACGUGGUUCUAACUGUUCAUACGUGACGUGUAAAAUUUGACACAUCAAUUAUCACGUUGGUCAUGAUGUGCGUCAUGUGUCAAAUUUGACAGCUUAUCUGUCAGUUGGCGCGCUUUCCCGCGUUGUGCAAUCGAAAAGACAUUGUUUUUAUUUUUGCUCACGAUGUACCUACUUAGAUGAAUUGUAGUACAUUUUUUUGCGACUGUGUAAUUUAAAUUGUUUUUUUUUUUGUUUUCGUUGUAAAUAUAUCGUUUCGUUUACGUAGCUUUCAUUAACACUACCUCUUAUUUCUAAAGUACAUGCGUUUGUAAAUAAUUUAGUACAGCACAUUUCGAGACAGUAUACAAUGAUGGUUGUUCGACUGUUUUUUUAACCAAAUCGCUAAUCUGUCUUAAUUUUAAAGAGGCUUGUAAGUUAAAAUGCAUAUAUUUUGUACGAAAUAAGCUUUGUAAAUAUAAUUUGCAAAAUAUAUAUUAUAAUAUAAUAUAUAUAAUAUAUAUUAUAUGAAAUCCAUCCAUCGUUAGUUGUUGUAAAUCGACGUUUUCUAAAAUCUUGUAUGUAAUGUUACCAUCGUGUUAAGCAUAUUCUGACAGCCAAGUUUAAUCUAUUGACAUUUUAUAUAUUAAAAGUAAAAAAAAAAUGUUCAUUUGUAAGUAGUGUAUGUAUCUCGUCAUUACUUUGCCUGAAUCAUAUAUGUAUUUUUAAUCUAUGGCUGCAAAUCAUACUAAAUUUUUUAACUCAUCGUCAUAUUAUUUUACAUAAAUCCAUUUUUCUAGCUUUAUUGCACUAGACUAGAUAGUAAACUAAAAAAAUCAAGACUUAUUAGGUUUUUUUGCGGACUGUAGUGUAGGCAAAAAAGGUUUUAUAUUUGUGAAAUGAUUUACAAAUCGCUUUUAAAUAAUGCUAAGCAGUUAAACUACAUGCUUCCAGUUUUCGCCUGUGCCAAAUUUUCUGUUCCUAUAGCGACUGAUAAAUGGGUAGUUAUAAAUAUGGUUCGUGCCGUUAAAAAUGGCAUUAGCUCAGUUUUAUAUUUAAUUGAAUAUUGACACUUAUCAUAACAAAACUUCACUAAAUGCUUGUACUAUGUACUAUAAUAUAUUAUGAAUAAAAUUUAAACUAAAAUAGGAAAAAACAUAAAUUGAGAUUGAUGGAAUUUAAAUUUUUUUCUGUAUGUAUAUAAUAAGGUCUAGAAUCUGUAAGAUUUGAAAAGAAAAUUAUAAAGUUGAUUGUUGUAAAAAAAAUGGUUAAAUUACUUCAAAACUAUGGUAAAAAACAUGUAGUACGAUUUUUAAUUUGAUGUGCGAAAAAUAAUUAAAAGUAAAUGUGUCAAAAUUUUAAAGUUUUCAUUAAUGAGAUUUUAAAAUUUAUUCGUAUCGUUAUAUAAAAUCGUAAAUUACUUGAAUCAAAUCAUUCAGAUUUAGAAAAUCUAAAAAAAUAUAUAUAAAAAUAUUUUUCUCAAAAAAAGUUUCACGUAACAUUGCAAGCUACAAGGCAAUAUUUAUUUGCACGAUUUUGCUUGAUAGGCUUUCAAAUAGUGACGUCAUGAGUCAUUCAUAUGUCAAGUAGUGUCAUACAAAUUAAAAAAAAACGUGUGCUGAGCACACGUGUCAGAAGUGAAACUUCUUUGGUAAGAUUAAAAGAUACCAAAAUCGUCGCCGCAUCCAUGACGUGACGGUAUUGCCAUGACGCGACCUUUUACUAAAAAAGUUUCACUUCAUAUGAACAGCACGCCUCAUAAUGCUACUUUGAUGAAUAUGAAUUUAAAUAGAUUUGAUUAAAUCAGCUUUUUUAUAUUAACAAUAAAAAUUUGAUAAACACUAUAUUUUAUAUAAUAGUGAUGCUCAUACAAUGGGAUAUCAUGACAUUUGAAAUAAGCUUAUCAUGGUAACACGAUAGUCAUAAAUUUAGGGCAAAAUGAAUUUUAGUUUCAAUCAACAUUUUCUUUGAGAUUUGGUAAUAAAUUUAGCAAAUUAUGAUGAUCUAAUAUACUAGCUUUUGCUGUUUUGACCAUAAGUCAAUAUUAUAUUCAAAUAAGCACUCUUUUGUGCAAUCUUUUAGUACUAAAAUCAAUAAUAUUAUAAGUAAAAAUGUGUAGAUAGGUUACCAACAACGUUCGAUCUUCAAACACGGCACACUUACACACGAUUAGUCGUCAAAGUGAGAUGGCAUGAUUAGCUAUCGUGAAAAAGAGACAAGUAAAUUGUUGCUAAUUAGCCUAUCUACACCUUUUUACUUAUUAUAUCAUUUAAAAUGAUGUGAAAGAAGUUUUAUUUUAAGCACUUAGGUCUGUUUUAGGUAACUAUAACCUAGUCAAUGCUACGAACGAUUUUUUUCGUUGUGAUCAUAUUUAUUAUUUCUUUUAGUGUAUCAUUUUAGUUACAUUUAUAACCUGUGCCGAUGAGAACAAAAUUAAAGCGGGAAUUUAAAAUGUUUUUUUUUAUAUGUACGAAUGAAAUAGCAUGCUACCUAUCUAUUUGAGAUAGCUUAAUGUUUUUUAAAUUUGUUCUUUGUUGGCGCGGUUUCUAGCAUUUAAUUCUGACAGAUUAAAAACUUAAUUCUGGCAGCUUUUUUUCAUCUUCCAUUUUCAAAUAUUUCCUUCGAUACGCACAAUUUAAAAAUUUGUAACAGGGCCCUCUUUUGGUGAAAAUCUACGUCAUUUAUAAGAUUUUUUUGCAUAUUGGUAUUGCCACUGAAAACGAGCUUCGUAGGAUAAAAUGUAAAAAAAGAGUGUGUGUACUUAUGUACGCGUUAGAAGUUAUACUUCUUUGGCGUA